AUGAAUCAGAAAUACUUAAUUGCUUUGAUAGUUGUAUUUUUUUUCCUUGUACAUGUUGAAAAAAUUUAUGGAUGCCAUCCUAGUGGGCAGGGUUGUAGAGACAAUGGUUGUGGUGCCAAGAUUAUAGAUGCUAAUUUGUUACCAAAUAAAAAUCUCAAUAUUACAAUUGUUGUUAGCGGAGACAACCCUGUAGAAGGAAUUGGCCACUUUACCAUGCAGGAUGAUACUAACAACUCGUGGAGAUUUUUAAAAAAAGCCGAAAUUCGUUAA